AUGUGGUGGUACGCUAUUCAAUUGCUUUUCAUCAUAUUCAAAUCAGGUUACUUUACAUCUCCUUCCGGAAAACAAUCAGAAAUGUGUGAUAUAUUAUCAAAUAGAAAUUGUACAAUUGCACCAAUUAUUCUCAAUGCAACAAAUUACACGAUGGAAUCAUUAGACAAUGAUAAUUUAACAAAUGAAACUGAUUUAAUUAAAAUUACUUCACAAUUGGAUCAAUUAAAAUUUACAAAUUCUAACAAUUUAACCUUAGAAUUGAAUGCAAAUUUAACGGAUUCAAAUUUAUUCAUUUCUUCAGCAAAUGAAACUUCAACUUUAAUCAUUUCAUCGAAUAUUGAAAUUAGCAAUUUACUGUCCGAAUUAAUAUCAUUACAAAAUCUAACAAAUAAUAAUACAACUGAAUUAACUGAUAUCAGUAAUGCAACUGAUAAUCAAACAAAAAUGAUAACAAUGAAAUCAGCAACAACAGACAUUAUUCAUGGCUCAAAUUCUAAAUUAAAAACAAAUGCAUCCAGUGUGAAUUGUUUCAAUGAAAUUUAUAGAUUAUCAGAGCAAUCAUCAUUCAUUCAACCAGAUCUUCGAAAACUUCUUGAAAUUGUUCGUGAUGCAUCUAAUGCAUUACUACGAACAUUUCAUAUCACAACAAUAAGUGAUAAUAUUGCAUUGAUUAAUGAUAAUAUCACUGAUAACAAUUCCAGCAUUACUAAUAAUGAUAUUUGCUUCAAUGAUUGGAUUUAUUUUUCUAAAACAAAUUCUUGUUAUUAUGUUGGAGAAAAUUCAACAAAUUAUCAUAAUGCAUCAGCAAUAUGUUCUGAAUAUAAUGCAUCCCUAACAUCUAUCAGUGAUUUUGAUGAAAUGAAAUUUAUCAGUGGAUUAGUUGGAAAUAAUACAUAUUUAAUUGGUUUAAUUAAAAAUGACACUAAAUGGUUUUGGAUUGAUAAUUAUACAAAAUUAAAUUAUACAAAUUGGCGUAUAUCAGAACCAAAUAGUUGUUGCGGAAUGAAUGUAAAAUGUGUUACGGUGAAUUGGAAUGGAAUAAUGGAUGAUCAAUGGAGUGACAUCGACUGUGACAAUAUGUCAUCCAUAAAUUUUAUAUGCAAAAAGAAAGUUUAA